AUGAAUAAAACAAAAAAUGAUAAAAAAAAUUGUAGACCCGUCCUCGUCCUAUUCAAAAACCUAUAUAAAUUAAAGUUACAGCGUCAUAACCUUGUCGUUAAUAAUCUACAUAUAGAAGCAAAAAAACUUUGGGAAGCUUCGCCAAACAAUUUUAAACAAGAUUUUACACGAAAAGCGAAAUAUUAUCAUGAUAGUUCACAAAAAAAUAGAGAAGUUUUGGAAUCUUUCAAUAGAAACAGCUUAAUAAAAGCACGUAUCAAAUGGUUAUCGAUCAACGCAGAAAUUUUCGGUGAAUCAAGCGUAGGUGACAAUAUCGUCGUCGAAGAGACUCAGGCGCCAGCAGCAUCUGAACCUCAAGUUGAAGAAGCGGAAGAAGAAAGACCAAUACGGCCUAUUUUAAUUGACCAACGUUACUUGGACGGUGGUGGUCCUUUUAAUUUUCCUCAAAAUGGCAACAACGGAAAUGAAAACUUUGACUUGCUUGGCGGGAAUAAUUUAAUCUAA